AACUCUUCUGCGUGGAGAGGUUAAGAAAAGCAACCGUGUCGUGCUUUAAUUAGAGUGGAACUCUUUUGUGACAGAAAUUAAUUUAGGACUUUCUCUGAAAUAUUACAUCCAAGAUGGCGAAAACAAAAUCAGGAAGUAACAAGAAAUUUGCUUCAAUGAAACGGAUAAUAAGUUUGAAAGAUGCUCGGAUAAAACAUAAUCAGCAAAAACCUAAAAAGAAGAAAAUUGACAAAAGUGAUAUAAUUGUUCGAGAUGCACCACAGACCUCUUCUGCAUUAUUUUUCACUUACAACACCCAAUUGGGUCCACCCUAUCGGGUUCUGCUAGACACAAAUUUCAUACAUUUCUCAGUCAAGAACAAAGUGGACCUUUUCAAGGGUCUCAUGGAUUGUCUUUAUGCUAAAUGUAUACCAUAUGUGACAGACUGUGUGUUUGGAGAAUUAGAAAAACUUGGCAGCAAAUACAGAGUUGCCUUAAAAAUCCUAAAAGAUUCCCGUAUUGAACGGUUGUCAUGUCUCCACAAAGGUACCUACGCUGAUGACUGCUUGGUACAACACGUGACUCAGCACAAAUGUUACAUUGUUGGUACAUGUGAUAAAGAUUUAAAACGGCGCAUUCGCAAAAUCCCUGGAGUUCCUAUAAUGUUCUUGCGGAAAGGAGGAUAUUCAAUAGAAAGAAUGCCAGAUGCCUAUGGAGCUCCAAAGGUUUGAAAGACAAGGUUGUGGGUGUGAGAGAGCUUUAUAUGCUUAUUGUUAAUAAAUAUUGUUUAUAAACAACACUAUGUGUUCUGAUAUAAACAACA